AUGUCGACCCCUUAUGUGAAUCCAAGCUUUUUACGAGGGCUGACCAAGGAGAACGUACGGGCUAUAUACCGACGAUGGCAAUUCUUGAAAAGUCAGGGUGCUACGGAAGAGUCGAAUCCAGAAUUUGCACAUCUGACUUCUGUUUUGAGAUCAAUUCAAAAAAUUCAAUAUACGGCUCGUUUACAGCAGAUUUCCAAGCAGAACCAACUCUCUCAAGCCGCAAAUGUUGGGUCUUCAGCUGCCAAUGAAACUCCCAGUAGAGACCAAAAUCCAAUGCUUUCACAUGCGUCGCCAGCUCUGCCUAACGUACAUCCUGGUCAUCCUCCCGACACAAUUACACCUUCCUCUGUACCACCAGACGCUUCUGUCAAUUUUAUGAACACUCAUAAUGAAGUACCUCAUCCCGAUCCAUCCUAUCCUCAUCAAGGCAAUUCUACUUCUCCUAGCAGGGUUUUCCCCAACAAUUAUUCUGCAAAUGUUCCAGGUGUUAAUACGAUGAAUAGUUUAAAUUAUUAUCGUUCUAAUCUUCAUAAUACGGAUGCCUCCAUGAAUACAAAUGCUCAUGGUAUGAUGCCAAAUCAGUACCCUGGCUCCCAGUCAAUGGAUGCGGCCUUCAGUGGUAAUCCUCCGGGUGCUAUGUAUAACAAUCCCAUCGAUUCUACUUCUUUGGCAAAUGGAAAUCGUCCGCCAUCAGCUCCAAGUAAUCAAACUUCUUCUGUUGAACAGAAUUCAAAUAUAAAUCCUUAUGCGGGUAAGAGGUUAAGUAAUGCAGUGCCUAUGCAGCCUAUGAUGGACAGACGAGCUUCUUUAUCCGUUAAUCCUCGACGAUCUUCAACUCCUGGCGCAUCUAUGCCAACUCCACCUUAUACUAACUAUAAAGGAGAUAGUCUUCCGCCACACCCUGUUACUUAUUCCCCUUCUUAUCCUUCUCAAUCAAACUUUCCUACCCCAAGUAAUGUGAAUACGGAGAACGUUUCAGUACCUCUUCCAUAUUCCUAUGGACGUCCACCAAGUUCUUCAAACUUUCCUGGUGACCCCUCAGUGAAUGGAAAUCCGUAUAUGGCCUCUGAUAAUGCACUAAACCCUGGUCCUUCCAUAGCGUCCGGAGGUCCUCAAGUUGCUCUAGCAACUUCGGUUUCGCCCAAUAUGUUACCUUCUGAUCCAACUUCCGCUAGGGAAUUUGCUGCCGACCGUUUGCAACCAACUAAAGGUAGAUCACCGGCCAUGAAUGUAGGAAAUCCAUACACACCCUCCUUGCCAAAGCCACAACCUACCACCUUUAAUCCGGCUCAGCUUUCCUUACUAAAGAAUCAAAUAAUAGCUUAUAACUCUUUGAAUUCUCCAUUUGGCCAAAUCCCACAGCCUAUUCAGAAAGCUAUAUUUGGUAAAACUCUUCCUGAAGUGCCUGAGAAUUUACUGGUAAAGCAGCAAAAUCGAUUGAACCAAACAAAAGUAGAUGAACCUUCGGCUUCUUUGACACCUCAGAAAGAAACACCACCCGCGGACAUGCAUUUUGCUCAAAAACGAAAUUCGCAGUCUCGGUUCGAAAGUGGAAAAUUGAAUUCAAAGGAUGUAAAAGACUCUGUUUCGCCUCAUAUUUCCGCGAAAGAAAACAUCAUGAAGCCUGUGGUUUCUCCAGUUACUUAUUCAUCUUGUGUCGAUCCUAACAGCUACAUUCAGGCUCCUAUAUCGUAUGAGAGGUUUUCUUCUGCCGAAAACAUGAAACUAGUGCCUUCUUUACUUUCUUCUGGAUUGUCUUGGGAUUUUAUAUUUCGUAAUUCAGAGGUGGCUAUUGCCUGUUCCGUUGGUGAUAGGAUUAAUUCUCUGGAAGAUCUUUCUGCAGCUAAAGGGAAGUCUAACUCUUCUGAAAAUGAAAGUCUGGAUACAAAACGGAUGAUUGAACUUCGAUGUUUACGAUUAUUACAAAAGCAAAGAGAUCUACGCUGUGCCGUUUCUUCAACGAUUCAGCAAUCGGAAGUCUUGGCGGCUGGGAACUUAAGGAAUAUGUUUCGAAAGGUUAAGCAUCAAAGCUUACAGGAAGCGAAUGUAACUUUAUCUGUUGCAGAGCAGCAAAAUAAUGCACAUGCUUUGAAACAAAAAGAGAAGCUUUUUUCUCGGCUGAGAUCAGUAUUACAACACGGACAAUCAGUAUCAAAUAAAGCGUCCAUUCGAAAGCAAAAGUACACUCAAUUGGGCAAAGAUGUAAUGUCUUUACACUCUCACUAUGAAAAAGAAGAGAAAAAGCGCAUUGAAAAGAGUGCCCGGGAAAGACUGCAAGCAUUGCGCGCUGAUGAUGAAGCUGCCUACCUUGAAUUAGUUGAUAAAGCCAAAGAUAGCCGAAUUACUCACUUACUUCGACAAACGGAUUCUUUUCUUGAAUCUUUAACUGAAGCGGUGAGACUACAGCAAUCAACGAUUUAUGGUGGUAACACUGCUGGAAAAGAAGCGAAAUCAUCGACCGCGCCAACUGAAGACGAGGAUAAACUCAGUAUGGAUUACUACAAUGUCGCUCACCGCAUUCACGAAGAAGCUGAGCAACCUAAAAUCUUUGUUGGUGGUAACUUGAAGGAUUAUCAGCUUAAAGGUUUAGAGUGGAUGUUGUCUUUGUAUAAUAACAAUCUAAACGGUAUUUUAGCAGACGAAAUGGGUUUAGGUAAAACCGUACAGACAAUUGCUUUCAUCACUUAUUUAAUGGAGAAAAAGAAUAAUCCAGGCCCUUUCCUUAUUAUUGUUCCCUUGUCAACUUUAACCAAUUGGAAUCUUGAGUUUGAAAAAUGGGCUCCGAGCGUUACUAAAAUCACUUACAGGGGACCUCCGCAGUUGAGAAAAGCAUAUCAAAUGCAAAUUAAAAGUAAUAAUUUUAAUGUUUUGCUAACCACCUUUGAUUAUAUUAUUAAAGAUAGACCAUUACUUUCAAAAGUGAAAUGGUUAUAUUCCAUUAUUGAUGAAGGUCAUCGGCUAAAGAAUACUCAAUCAAAGCUGACGAGUACUUUGUGUUAUUAUUAUCACUCACAAUAUCGUUUGAUUUUGACUGGUACACCGUUACAAAACAAUCUUCCUGAGCUUUGGGCCCUCUUAAAUGUUGUAUUGCCUAAGAUUUUUAACUCUGUCAAGAGUUUUGAUGAAUGGUUCAAUACCCCUUUUGCUAAUACGGGUGGUCAAGAUAAAUUUGAACUUACUGAAGAAGAGUCUUUAUUAGUUAUUAAACGUCUUCAUAAGGUACUUAGACCAUUCUUGUUUCGGAGACUCAAAAAGGAUGUCGAAAGUGAGCUUCCAGAUAAAGUUGAAAAAGUUAUUAAAUGCCCUCUCUCUGGUUUACAAUUCAAGCUUUACCAACAAAUGAAAAAACAUGGUAUACUGUUUGUAGCUAGUGAUAAAGGAAAAACCGGAAUGAAGGGACUCCAAAAUACGGUUAUGCAGUUAAAAAAGAUUUGUAAUCAUCCGUUCAUAUUUGAAGAAGUUGAAAGAGCUAUUGAUCCAUCGGGCACCAAUUAUGACUUGCUUUGGAGAGCUGCCGGAAAGUUCGAGCUUUUAGACCGAAUUCUACCAAAGUUAUUUCAAACAGGUCAUAAAACUUUGAUUUUUUUUCAAAUGACUCAAAUCAUGACUAUCAUGGAAGACUACUUACGUUACCGUAAUUGGAAGUACUUGCGUUUAGACGGUUCUACCAAAUCUGAGGACCGCUCUGAUCUUUUAUCACAGUUUAACGAUCCAGCCUCUGAUGUCUAUGUAUUCAUGCUUAGUACCAGAGCGGGUGGUUUAGGAUUAAAUUUACAAACCGCUGAUACCGUCAUCAUUUUUGAUACUGAUUGGAACCCACAUCAAGACUUGCAAGCACAGGAUCGUGCUCAUCGAAUUGGUCAGACGAAAGAAGUUAGAAUUUUGCGGCUUAUCAGCGAAAAGUCUAUAGAAGAAAACAUUUUGUCUAGGGCGCAGUUCAAAUUAGACCUGGACGGUAAGGUUAUUCAGGCUGGAAAAUUCGACAAUAAAUCAACCCCUGAAGAACGUGAGGCUUUCCUUCGUUCUUUGUUGGAACAUGAUGGUGAAGAGGAUAAUGAUCUGGGUUAUAGUGAGCUGCAAAAUGAUGAGUUAAAUGAACUUAUUUCAAGAACAGACAAUGAACUCGAACUUUUCCGUAAGAUAGAUCAAGAGCGUGCUAUAAAUGACGUUUAUGGAAAGGGAAAGUCUUUAGAUCGUUUGUUGUCUGUCAGCGAACUUCCUAGUAUUUAUAGGGCUGAGGUUGAUCAUGUUGUAAAGGAGGCAUCUGUAGAUAUUCCUUUUGACGCUGGACGUCAAAAAAGACAAAGAGCUUCCAUUAGUUAUGCUGAACCAGGAUUUGAGGAUGCAUUUGAAGAAGGAAGCAAAAGUGAUAUGCCCCGACGUCGUGGUAGACCAAGGAAGAAACUUGCUUUGGAUAAUCUUAAUUACUCUGGGCCUUUAAUUUACGAAUCACGUUCGAGCAAGAGGGCAAGUCAAGACCCGUCUACACACAAGUACGAGGCUCUUCAAAGAUGCUUAAAAGAGAUAUACGAAAGCAUCUUUUAUCUUCAAGACGAAACUGGUCGUUUGGUUAACGGUUUAUUCUUGUAUCCUCCUAGUCGUAAGCUAUACCCGGAUUAUUACGUUAUUAUCAAGCAUCCAAUUGCCCUUGGUAAAAUAGGUCGAAGUAUAAAAAAUGGUAAAUACACGGAUCUUCAAGGUUUGGUUUCGGAUUUUAUGCUUAUGUUUAGCAAUGCCUAUACUUAUAAUGAAGAGUUUUCUCCUGUAUACGAGGACGCCAAAUUUAUGGAGCGAUCUCUUACGAGCAUACUGGAAAAAUUCGAAAGAGAAAAAAUUUUUGAAAAAUACGAAAAUGAAGAGUUAGCUAAAUUGAAAGUCGAGCCUAAAAUUGACAAUGGGAAAGAUCCCCUAGAAAUAGAAUCCAAUUUGGACACUGUUGCUAACGAUACGGAGUUCGAAAUGGAUCAGGAUUAUGAUGAUUUAACUUCUGAAGAGUGA